AUGGAGCUCCCUGAAGGAACACUGACCAUAUUUAAAAAUAAAAAAUCAACCCAAGAAGAACAGUCCCCUGGUCAAAGUCCAAGGCCCCACAACUUACUAAGGAAACCAAAGAGACAGAAGAGCACACCGACAGGAAAUCCAAAGCAACUUGUGGUUGCUGAUGACAAUGAUGAUAAAAAGCCCAAAAAGAAAAGAACGAAACCUGAGAACAACAAACUGAUGAUUGGUCAAGAUCCACAGCCAAUCAGUUCUGAAGAUUCUGUCAAGAAAUUUGAGACCAGGAUGACACCAAUCCAUCUCUUCCAGCUCAUCAUUGAAAUCAAUAAACCAACGGAUCUUACAAAAGAGCCAGAUGCGGUAGAUUAUCGCCAACUACAAAGGCAGGCUAUUAGAGAUAUGGGAUUUGGCGCCUUGUUGGAUCUCAAAAUCAAAAAUAUUUCAACAGUCUUAUGUAGUUUUCUGGCAAACAAUUUCCAGACCAGUGUGAGACAAGGCCCAUUGAAUGGCAAUAAUGUACUGGAUAUCAAACAGGAAGAUGUUGUUACUAUACUUGGUCUUCCUCAUGGACCCAAACCAGUGGAAGAAUUCAAACAUAACGAUCCCGCUAUAACGGACCACGUUGAGAUGGUGGAUGCAUUCAAGAAAAGAAUGGGAUACAGUAAUAAAUUCCUGCCAACGAGAUCCACGGCGGCACAAUUAAUUGCUGGUCGAAAAGAUUUUGGUGAUGACUUCAAACGAGAUUUCCUAGUCUUCGUUGUGAGCACAUUCCUACAUGGAAACACCACCUCCAGGAUUACAAUGAACAUCCUGAAGUCCCUUGUGAACAUGAAUGAGGUGACAGAAUACAAUUGGUGUCAAUAUGUGAUUGAUGCACUGGUCAAAGGAUGCAAAAGUCAUCACGAUGGGAAACCAUUCACCGGCCCGAUCACUUUUUUUCUGUUGUGCUACCUUGACAGGUGUAAGUAUGAGAGAGCACAUCCGAGGUCAUUCCCUGUGAUCAAAUGUUGGGAUCAAAAGAUGUUGGACGACAGAUUAAGGCUUCAGGGAAGCAAUUUCACAGAUGUCCAGACACUUGAACGUCUCAAGAAACCGUCCUCAGCAGCAUCCCGAGAUGAACACCCAGAGGGGGAAUCACAGAAGAAGGAUACACAGACCAACCCCAACACACAGCAAGACCUUGCUGCUCUUUAUGAAAAUUUCUACCAAUUGAUUAUCACGAUAAGCAAAACUGUUUUACACAUACUUGAGAAGGAAAUGGAGUUAAAAAUCGAACCAGAUGAACAAGCAAAGCGUACAAUCAAGAUCCUAACAGAUGCAAUGGUGUCGAUGAGUAGAAAGAUGCCUCCGCCUCCAAGUACAACGCAACACCAACAAGAGCAGCAGGAAGACCAGCAAGACCUCCAGGAUGCACAGAUUUACAUUGAAAUUGACAAAGCACAGGGACUGGAGCAAUUGAACCAGACAAAUGAUGAGGAUUCUCUUCCAGUGGGGAAAUCCGUGCCUACUUCAAAAGAAGUGGUGGUUGAUGAACAACAAACUCAACCACAAGCACAUGGAACGAAUAUCUCCACAACAGAAAAGAAGAGAUCCCAUCAAGAUUCCACCGGCUGGGAUUCAGGUGUGACAUCCACCUAUACCAGAAGGUCGAGAAGCAUUGGUACCAAGAAAAGGAAAGUAUUCAAAGACCCAACUAUCCCACACUUUAACAUGGGUAUCUUCUCCAGUCAGGAAGACAGUUACGAGACAACCCAGGAGAAGAACACUGAGGAAGAUAUCACAGGAAGUGUUAAUUUGGAUAAAGAUGUCAAUGAGACUAUAGAAGCAGAAGAAUAUCCAGUACCAUCUGCACUCGACGAAACAAAGAAUCCCACUCCUUCCAUCGAUGAAAUCAUAAGAAGGGCCAGUUCACCAGCUUCAAACUCAUUAAGUGAUACCAAAAAACUAGAGAUGAUUGCCGCUGCUGCAGAAGAAGUUGAGAAGAACUCAAAGGAAGCUGAUGAGCUUGAUGAAGAGUUAACAAAGACAGUGGAAAAGAUCCUCAAUGAAAAACCUAAGAGGAGAAAUCCACCAAGAGUCCACCGGUUGCCCGAACGGUUCAGGAAACUCUUGUUUGAAUUUGGAAAAAUCAUUUGGGCUGAAAGGACAACAUUCUAUUCCAUGAGGGAAGGGACAUGGAUAGAAAACAGCAUCAUAGAUGCUUGGGCUGUCAUCCUAAACAAAGAAGAAGCUAAGAGUGACUCCCCAAGACGGAUAUUCUUUGGUGUUUCGUCAUUUGGCAGUAACAAAGAGGAAAUCGAGUUCACAUUCUAUGAGAGGUUGGGUCUUGAACUAGAAGAACAAGGCCUUACUGUAACAUCCAUGUUAGCGGCAAAAGCUUUUCGGUUCUUCAAAAGCUACGUUGCAUUCGUGUUUCCACGCAUAGAACUGGUCAGUGCUCAGUACACCUUCACAGAGGUUACGCUACCAUCGCAUAAGGACAAAACGCCGAAUGCAGAAAAUUGUAGAAUAUACACAAUGCACCACAUGGAGCGGUAUGAUGGUGGUGAGUACGAGGAUGGUACUACUUUGGAUUUCAACACCGGAAACAUCAAAGAGUGCAGGUAG